UUGACGUUCCAUUGCAGGCCUUGACGUUGAACGAACAUAGCGACCUGUAGUCGAGCGCGCGAAAAUAUCGAUAUAUUGUAUUGAAAAAUCGCUGAGAAACCUGACAACAAUUCGAAGAAAUGUCAGGAGCAGAAAUAGUAGUCCGUGUUGUGGGGAAGACAAAACAGAAAUGCAAGUCAAGAAAACAGAAAAGAAAGUUGAAGAAACGCAGAAUGGACAUUAAAAGGAGAUACAAUGCAAGUAGAUUACUACAAACCGGUCAAUACUGCGAAAAUGAUUGGUUUUGGCAGAGCUAUCAGAGAGCGGUUGAAUGGCAGGGAAAACAUUAUAUAGCGUAUUGGAGGGCAAAAUGUAUAGCUUUGCAGGCAGAAAAUAGAGCUCUUAAGGACUGCAUAACGAAAAUAUCUUCUUCCAAUAAAAAUAAUGUGCAGGUGACUAGCUGUAGCUCGGACAAAGACAAAGUGACGCCGAAAGAUGUGAAAAGGAAGCCUAAGGCGAAGCCUACAGUUCCCGUUGCUGUCAAUUCUGAAAAUAAAUGCACAGCAGAAGAAACGGAGGAUUAUAAAUUCGAGUUUCAGCUAACUGAAGAGAUGCUUGACUUUUUUGAACACAGUAUGAAGCACAGAAUGGAGAGAGAUAAGCUGAGAGCUGCUAAAGAACAGAAAAAGGAAAAAGAGCCUGAUGGUAAAUCUGAAGAUGAUGAUAACUUAGAUACAGUGCCGCCAAAGAAUCCUGUGGGUCAGCAGAGAAUUGAAGAAAUGAAAUUGCUGUAUGGUAAAGCAGCUCCUAUGAUUAUGGGAAUGGAAACUGCAUUACAGCUUUCGUUUGACAGAAAUGUUGAUAAAUUGCAGCCUCGGAUGUGGCCCAAUAUUCCAUUAAAACUAUAAUAAAUGUGUUAUAAUGAGAUUUGAUUAUGUUUUAAUUUUGCUGCUUCAGCAGCCCAAAAGCAAAUGCAAAUAAGAAUGUUUCAAAAUAAUGUAAAGAUUUUUCAUAGAUAAUAAAUUAAUAAUAAAACACUUAA